AUGGACCUCUACCUCCUAAAGGUGCUCCAGCUGCUCACGGUGCUGCGCUACAUCCUGCCAAUCUACCUCCCAGCUCAGGUGGUGUUGAAGGUCGAGAUGCUCCCUUUUCUGGACGUGAUGAACUCAGUGAAGAGGGAGAGUGUGAAGGAUUUGGUGGAUGUGCAAGAACUCACGGUCUUUGGGCCGCGUAGGUCAUUUGGACUACUGCGAUUCAAGCCUCGACAAGAUGAGCAGUACAGCCAGGUACGUGAAAGGAUGUGGAAAACCAUUCAAGUACUACGGGAGACCUACGGGAGACUCCUCAUCGUCUUGCGGGUGGACCUGGUGAGAAUCGUACGAUGUGGGCGCAAUUCACCAAAACAAGAGAGGCCAGGAGGAGAAGUUCACACGGCUCUAUGUUGA